AUUGCAUGUACAAUUCAAUUAAACACAAAUCCAAUUAGCGCACAUUUCAACUGGCGAGUUUGUUACAGUCGGCAUCAUGGAUGCGGAUCAACUGAAACGACUUGAACGCAAGGAUAUUGCUCACAUCGCUGACAUACUCAGCCAGUUUAAUACAAAGAAUGCGGAUCUCCUGACCUUCGAUAGCUUUCAUACGGACAACCAAUGGCAUGACCUGUGGCUGGCUAUAUUCGGCAUCCUCGAUGACGCGGCCCUGCAAUCGGUGCACGCCCAAUGUCUCAACACUGUCCGCAUUUUGACACGCGAUGAGUUCAGCCUGCAGACGCACUUCGUCGAGCAGGAGCUGGGCACGCUUUUAUCACUGGCGCGUAUCAAUGCCAGCAGCAAUGAGGAUGGAGCACUGCCACAGCUUGACGAUGCCCAGGCGGAGAUUAUUGCCGAGGCUUUGAAAUGUCUGUGUAACUUGGUCUAUCAAAGCGCCGACUGCCGGCGCCAGUGUCUGCGUCAGCACAGUCUCGAUGUGCUUGUCAAGCGCUUGGGCACCGCCUCAUCGAUACGUUAUCCUUGCACUUUGGAAUAUUAUGAUAUGAAGCUGUUGUUUUUGCUUACCGCAUUGGAGCCAACAGCGCGUACACGCCUACAAAUUGAUCUCAAUGGACUUACUUACAUGACGAAAUGGUUGGACGACAAGUUGGCGGAUUCUGACACAGCUGCCAGUGAGGAGCAGCUAAACAUAAUCUGUGAGCUGCUGAAGGUUAUGUUCACGGUGACCAGUGCGCCUGACAAGAGCCCCAACGAAUACGAAAUUCAAAGUCUUCAUUUGACGGGCGUUCUGCGGGAACUGCUGUUGCGGUUUGGCAGGCUAUCCACAGAACGGGAACGCGCCGUUGUGACACACGCAAUUAAUUUGCUGACCAACAUAUCGGACAGCUGCCUCUCCGAGCUGACGCUCAAGUGCAGCUCAGCGGACCCGGGAACGGAGAGUGUGAGAGAAUGUACCGUUGCAUCUGGUACCACAGAGCCGCAGCCGGCGUCAAAAUGUUGUGCCUUGUGCUUUGAGAAGCGCAACGUGCGCAGCCUGGCGGUACUGUUGGACCAUCUGCGUGGUGGACUCGCCCAGCAAGAGACAGAAGCCAGCUCCCACGAGCUGCUGUCCCCAGUGCUGACGGUGCUGGUGAAGUGUGCACGCAGCGAUCGCACCAUGCGGCACUAUUUGCGAAAGGAGAUCCUACCGCCACUGAAGGACGUCAGCAAGCGGCCAGAGAUUGGCAAUGAGCUACGCAACCAUCUCUGCCGUUUUCUCACGCUGCCUGCCAUGAUAUUGCGUGACCUGGCCGCUGAGCUACUGUUCAUACUAUGCAAGGAGGAUGUCGGUCGCAUGAUCAAGUACACGGGAUAUGGCAAUGCGGCUGGCUUGUUUGCCAAACGCGGCGUACUCGACUGCCGGCGCAUUGAGGGCGCCGACUACUCGUCAGACAGCGAGGACAGCGAUACGGAGGAGUACAAGCAACAACAGCAGAGCUUCAAUCCGGUGCUCGGCUGUGUAGAGCAGCCCAAACGUAAUCCACUCGAGGGCAUGACCGAGGAGCAAAAAGAGUACGAGGCGCUGCAGCUGGUCAAUUUGCUGGAAAAGCUGCGCAAGGAUGGCAUCGUACAGCCGGCGCUAAUUGACAAGGAUGGCAAACCGCAGCCCCUUGAGCACAUACUACAGCUACAGGAGGAGCUGCCCCAGCAGCAGCUGGAGCAGAAGCGAAAAACCUAAGCAACGGAUCGCAUCGAUUCGCGUGCAAUAUGCAAAACAAUCUUCGUUGGGGUCUUCCAAAUUGUGGCCACAUCGUCUCCCAGCCUGCCGGAUCUGGAUCACUGCAACCCCUUCUCACCUUAUACAUAACAAUUCUCUGUAUCAUAUUUAAGCGCAUUGUUAUUCCAGUAUAUAUUUACAUUUGCUAACAGACAGUGCUAGAUAGAUACACGGUUGGCUUUUAUAUAUAUAUAUACAUAUAUAUAUAUAUAUACUUCACUUUUAUUGUAUUUGCAAGUGACUUUUUCAUUUAUCUUAAUCAAAUGUGUAUUUAUAACCGCUUAAGCUCAACACCAAAAUGGAAGAAUAAGAAAAAUCAGACCUAAGAAUUUAAGCUUUAUGCAUGUAUUGAUCACGUACAACUUUCCACUUUCAUUCUUUAGGCAUACAUAGAAAUCUAUAUAGAGCUUUAUUGUGUUCAAUUUUGAUAGUCAAUGGGGCUUAGCUGCCUACAGAUUUGCGACUAGCGAUAUAUAUACAUAAAUAUAUCUAGCAUAUAGAUGAUAUAUAUUUACUAAAUACAUGUACUUAUAUUUGCUGGUACUAAAUACGUAUAUGCUUAAUAAAAGUUCUCUGUGAAUUGAAAGUUGCAAGAAAUUGAAAACCCUUUAAAAU